UUUGGUAUGACAAAGAGCAUCCUGUGAUAGAGGAAGGUUCCUUAUUUACUUCAAUGGAAGAGUUUAGGAUGCUAUUGAGAACAUUUGCUAUUAGAGGCAAGUUUGACAUUCAGAUACAGGAUAGUGACACUACUCGAUUUAUAGGCCAUUGUAAAGGAAAUAUAUGUCGUUGGAGAAUAACGGCUAGGACAACAGAAGAUGGAAAAACAGUCAGGGUUAACAAAAUAGUAAAGCCUCAUAAUUGUUCAUCAACAGCUGAAGUGGUCUCAAGCAUGGCAGAUCAAGCAUGGGUGGUAGAAAAGUCAAUUGGAAUACUUCGGACUGAACCAAAUAUAGGUGCUACUGAUCUCCAAAAAAGGUUAAAAGACGAGUACAAAGUUACUACUGGGUAUCAAACUGUUUGGAGGGCCAAAGAAAAGGCCAUGGAUAAAUUAUAUGGUACAUGGGGAGAGAGCUUUCAGAAUCUCUGGAACUUCAAAGCUGAGAUUGAGAAGAGAUCUCCGGGUAGCAUUGUAGAGGUUGAUGUGAAGAGUGAAGGAGGUAAAGUGUAUUUCUGCAGAUUUUUUAUGGCACUCAAGCCAAGCAUUGACGGAUUUUUGAAAGGUUGUAGACCAUAUGUUAGUAUAGACUCCACCUUCAUGAACGGAAAGUGGAAUGGUCAGUUAGCAGCAUGUACAGCUCUAGAUGGACAUAACUGGAUGUUUCCUUUGGCAUUUGGAUUCUUUGCUUCAGAGACUGAGGAUAAUUGGACUUGGUUUAUGCAACAAUUGCAUAGGGCAAUAGGACAUCUUCAAAAUCUAGCUAUUUGUACAGAUGCAUGCAAAGGCUUAGAGAAUGCAGUUAAAAAAGUUUUUCCUCAAGCUGAGCAGAGGGAAUGCUUUAGGCAUCUAAUGGAAAACUUCAAAAAAAAGUUUCAUGGAGACGUUUUUGGUCGGAUGUGGCCAGCAGCCAAGGCUUAUCGCGUAGAAACAUUUAACUACCAUAUGGCAAAGAUAUUUGAAGCUAAACCCGAGGUAGCUACCUACUUGAGUACUUAUCAUAACUUGAAGUGGAUGAGAUGUGACUUCAACACUGAAAUAAAGUGUGAUUACAUUCACAAUAACCUAGCUGAGAGCUUCAAUAGCUGGAUUAAAGGAAUGAAGGACCUUCCUCCGGAUGAGCUAGCUGACUCACUAAGAGAGAAAAUCAUGAAACUUUUUCAUAGGCGGAGAGAGGUUGGGAAAAUUCUCACUGGAAAUAUACUACCUGCGAUCAUUCAACAAAUAAAUAAUAGGACCAGAGAACUUGAUCAUUUCGAUGUUGGAAGAUCAACAGGAGAAAGUUGUGAGGUUAAGGACACGAACAAGAAUAAUCUUAGGCAUGUUGUGAAGAUAGGUAGCCGAGAGUGCACUUGCCUAGAAUGGCAGCACACCGGGAAGCCUUGCGAUCAUGCACUUGCAUUCCUUAUUGGGACGGCAAAUACAAACUUUCAUCCAUAUGUGCAUCAGUACUACUCAGUGAGUAUGUUCCAAGCAGCAUAUGCUGGAGAGAUUGAACCCAUCACGCGACAAGUCUCGGUGGCCUCGGGUCAAAUUAGAUUUUGA